CGGCGACCUUCACAUUUAUUUCGCAACCGCACGUCUAUUAAAACGUAUAGGUGUUUCAUUUGUAAAAAGGAACUACGUUUCUUUGCACAAGUUCGAUUAUUUUUGUGCUUUUCGCGGUCAAUACAAACGUUAUUGUGUAGGCGGUAUUGAUAAACGUAUAAUCUUUAUUUACUAAGUUAAGUGUACUUGAUUCUUGCAUCAACUUCUGAACAAGGAUAUAGUCAAAGAGUUUGAAGACAUGACGAAACCGAAAGUGAUUGUUACUCGCCGCGUACCAGAGGAGGGUUUACAGAUAUUGCGUGAGAAAUGCACCGUUCACGUCUGGGACAGUGACGACAUCAUGCCACGUGACGAGUUGCUGAAGCGCGUGCAUGGCUCCGAGGGGUUAUUCUGCACCAUCAAUGACGUCAUCGAUAGAGAAGUUUUAGAUGCGGCGGGGUCAUCCCUUAAAGUCAUUGGGACGAUGUCAGUUGGGAAUGACCACAUCAAUGUUCAUGAGUGCAAACGCCGCCAAAUCUGCGUCGCAACAACACCUGAUGUGGCCUCAGACAGCGCUGCCGAACUCUCUGUUGCGUUGCUGCUUAUCACAACACGCCGUCUGGCGGAAGGUUUAGCAGCACUGAAAAGCGGAACUUCCGGUUCGUGGAAGCCGAUGUGGCUGCUAGGCAACGUCUCCAUGGGAAAAACGCUCGGGAUUUUCGGAUUCGGCCGAGUGGGCUUCGGAAUCGCACGCCGAAUGAAACCAUUUGGCGUCCACAAGAUACUUUACACCGACCUUAUAGACGUCACUUACGCGGAAGGGAUUGCAAGUCGCGUGUCAUUCGAUGAGCUUUUAGCCCAGUCGGACAUCAUUUGCAUAUGCUGCGCUGUUACGGCUCAAACCGUAGGAAUUUUCAACAAAAAUGCGUUCUCCAAAAUGAAAAACACAGCCGUGUUAAUAAAUACCGCCCGAGGACAAAUUAUCAAUCAAGAAGAUUUGUACGAUGCCCUGCAAAACAAUGUGAUUGGUGCGGCAGGUCUUGACGUCACAGUACCAGAACCUCUCCCAUUGGACCACCCGCUGAUGACGUGUAACAGGUGCGUGAUUCUUCCUCACAUGGGUACAAACACAGUUGAGGCGCGAAUGGCUAUGUGCGUUAACACCGCAAAAAACAUCGUCGCCAUGUUGGACUAGUGAACGAAACUGUUUUAAUUCGCUGUAGUUAGUUAGUUUUCAAGUCGCCAUGACUAGCGCAGCUGAAUUUGAAUGUAAUCAGAAAAUAGCUUAGAAUGAUAUUUAAAGUAAAUAAAAAGGUCCUGGUUACUGUCUUACUGUCAUAUUGAUUGGCUAGCAACACGAGUAUGGUAAGCAAUUGAUGGUAUUGUGUAUUUCGUAAGUCGAUGUCUCGACAAUCUUUUAUUUUAUUACGAAAUGUUUCAGUUUGUAAUGUAUGAAUACAGUAAAUUUAACUUACAUGUUCUGUAAUAUCAUAAUCAAGAUAUAUGUAUUUUGUAAUAUUAUCUUUAAAAUAUGUUUCUGCAUUUUCAGGAAAUAUUCGUUCAGUUGUGUUAUACAGUAUCUCUAAAACAAACAUAAAAUUAACAAUUUUAAUGUAUCAUUAUGUUAACAUAAUUAUAAAUAUUUAUUGUUGAAUAAAAUAAAUCUUAUAAUUAUGUAAUGUAAUAAUUGCACAUUUAUCAAAUAUCACGGUCAAUUUAUGAUACAGAAAUAAUUACACAAAGCGUACAUUUAUGAAUUCACAUAAAUUUUAACAAUAAUAAUGUAAAAUUAUAUCUAUUUUUUGGUAAUGGACUUAAAACUUCAAAUAACGCACAUUUAUUUAAAGAUGUCUGUUUGCAUGUUAAGCCAUAUGUCUUCCUAAUUUUAAUUAGAUUGAAUUUACUGCAGAAAUAUACGAAAACAAGACGUAUAAUGGGGCAAAUAUUUCUGUACAAAUACAAAUUUAAAAUUUGAAGUAGAUUCGUGUAAUUUGUGUAUCCAAUUACAUUAUAAUUUCUUGGAUUAGUGAUACUUGAUACUUGUAAAUAAAGUAAAUUAUCUUUAAAUGUGUCAUAUAAACUGGUGAUACUUUGUAUCCGGAAUAAUUUAAUAAAGCGUAUAGAUAACGACA